GACCCUGACGCGCGCAGCACCUCAGACUCCGGCGGCCCGUAGAGUCCAACUUUACUGAGCGGGGGACGCACUCACUGAAAGGAAAAAAAAAGAAAAAAGAAAAAAAGAGUUUCUCAACAUCAUCCAGUGACUCUUCCAGCCAUGGACGCAUCUCGAGUCUUUACGAUAUAUCUGGGCCUCCUCCUUGUUUUCUUUGGGAAUAUACCGUGUUUCCAGUCUGCUGCUAUCAUCGCUCCCUCUGCGCCGAGGAGGAACAGAGGAGCCAGGAUUCCUCAUCAAGACGGACAAAGGUCACCCAGAUUCCUAAAAGACAUCUUCGCGUCUUCGCAUCCUGUGGCGGGACACCACAAAGACGAGCAAAAGAACGCGAUUGUUCCGCAUGAAUACAUGCUCUCCAUAUACAGGACAUACUCGGCUGCUGAGAAGCUCGGACUAAACGCCAGCUUUUUCCGCUCUUCUAAAUCUGCCAACACCAUAACAAGUUUUGUGGACAGAGGAACAGACGAUCUUUUGCACUCUCCUCUGCGAAGACAAAAGUAUCUGUUUGAUGUCUCAACCCUUUCAGAAAAAGAGGAGCUGGUCGGGGCGGAAUUAAGGAUAUUUAGGAGAGCGCACGGGGAUUCGCAGACUUCCCUGCAGACGACGGGGCUGUACGACAUCCAGGUCUACCCGUGCCGCUCCGACCGGCUGCUGGACUCCAGGUCUCUGGACCCGCUGGACUCCACCAAACCCGGCUGGGAGGUUUUGGACGUGUGGGAGAUGUUUAAAGCGAACCAGCAUCACUUCCAUCACCCGCAUCAUCACCAGCAGCACCAUCAUCAUCGCCAACAUCAUCAUCAUCCUCAGCAGCAGGGGAGCCAGCUGUGCUUCCAGCUGAGGGUCACUCUGGGCAAGUCGGACACCGAGGUGGAUCUGAGGCAGCUGGGUCUGGACAGGAGCGGCCGGUCCCAGCAGGAGAAGGCCAUCCUGGUGGCCUACACUCGCUCCAAGAAGAGGGAGAACCUGUUCAACGAGAUGAAGGAGAAGAUCAAGUCGCGGAGGUCGGUCGGCGAGAAGGAGGAGGUGGUGGUGGUGAGAGCGGCGGCGGCGGAGGAGGAGGAGGAGGAGGUGGAGGGGGAGCGGGUGUCGCCGCCGCCCAGGGGGGUCAGAGGAAGGGGGGAGGGACCCAGGCGGCGGCGGAGAACCGCGCUGAGCAAUCGGCACGGCAAGCGGCACGGGAAGAAGUCCAAAUCCAGGUGCAGCAAAAAGGCGCUGCACGUGAAUUUCAAGGAGCUGGGCUGGGACGACUGGAUCAUCGCGCCCCUGGAUUACGAGGCGUACCACUGCGAGGGGGUGUGCGACUUCCCGCUCAGGUCGCACCUGGAGCCGACCAACCACGCCAUCAUACAGACGCUCAUGAACUCCAUGGACCCCAACAGCACUCCGCCCAGCUGCUGCGUCCCCACCAAACUCAGCCCCAUCAGCAUCCUCUACAUAGACUCAGGCAACAACGUGGUGUACAAACAGUACGAGGACAUGGUGGUGGAGCAGUGCGGGUGCAGGUAGCGGCCAUUAUUCACUCAGAACUUAUAUAUAUUAGAGAAAAAAAAAGAGACAGAGAAUAUCAAAGAGAAGUCUUAAUGGGUCCUAGACUGAAGAUAUCAAGUCCUCACGCGGGUCUUGACGCAUGACGCGCCUCGUCUUUACUCAAAAGGGAUGCACACGCGAGGCGACCUCUAUUUAUUCAGACUCAGCUCAGUCACAUUCGUUCACGCUCUCUGCCUUAAAGUGUUAUAAAGCACAUCGACUCCUUUUUUUUCCAUGCAACAAGUUAUCACUCAUCAAGCAGGCUUUUUGUUUCCCAGAAGAGUGAGUCGUGUCCAUAUGGCACAACACAGUGAGCGCAUAGCGUGCGUGUGCGUGUGAGAGAGAGAGAGAGAGAGAGAGAGAGAGAGAGAGAGAGAGAGAGAGAGAGAGAGAGAGAGAGAGAGAGAGAGAGAGAGAGAGAGAGAGCGAGCGGAGGACCCAUUGAGUCCCACUGCGCACCUGUUCGUGCCGAGGCCCGGGGACAGCCCGGCGUUCUGCCUGUCAGCGGCGCUUUGUUGCAGCUCUGCCGUGUGAUCCUGCCAGCAGAGACCCGGACUGUUUUGGGUAUGUGCAUCCAGGGCCGUAAUUGCCACUGUCCAGCUGGAGUCAUUACAGGCCCGAUCAAGUGCCUGUUUUCCCAAAUAGAUUAAAGAAGAAGAAGAAGAAGAAGAAGAAGAAGAAGAAGAAGAUUAAUCUACCAAACAAACAUCCAGGCAGAAAGAAGAGGAGAUGAGAAGGAGCG